GCUUUGGGGGAGUGCAGUCUCGAGGCGGAAGCCGGAAGUGGGCGCCGCGCGUGGUCUGAGGAGAAGCCGAGGACGCCGUGGAGGGAGAAAGCUGACGGAUUCGCUCCUUCUUUGAGGCCUAAGCUAACAUCUGAGAAAUGUCCAAGGCAAAAGAAAAGAAAAGAGCCAAGAAAAUGAAAAAUCAACCUUCAAGUGUGACUUAUCCUUCUGACAGUGGGCCUAGUCACAGUGAAACAUACUUUCAAAAUGGAGGUGACAAAACCUUUCAACGGAAGAAGAAAGAUACACAUUUUGAAACCUCACAACAAAGCUUCACACAUCAAAAACCUUUCCAUGAGAUGCCUAAAUAUGUAACAGUAUCUCCUUUUGUUCAAGCUCGUGCUGCUGAAAUGAAGGCUAUGUUGAAGGCAGUUACUCAGAAGUCUUCCAAUACCCUAGUGUUUCAGUCUCUGCCAAGACACAUGAGGCGGCGAGCAAUGAGCCACAAUAUCAAACGUCUGCCCAGGAGACUCCGUGAACUUGCCAGAAUAGAGACAGAGAAACCUGAACAUCAGAAGAAAGACCUCCCAAAGAGCAAGUGCCGCAAAGCCAGGAGGCGCCGUACAAACUUGGUGGCAGAGUUCAAUCGCAGACAAAAAAAGAAUAUCUGGUUGGAAACACACAUCUGGCAUGCAAAACGGUUUCAUAUGGUGAAGAAAUGGGGAUACUGCUUAGGAGAUAGGCCUACAACAAAGUGCUACCGGGCCUGCUAUCGAGCCAUGACCAAUCACUGCCUCCUUCAGGAUUUAUCAUAUUACUGUUGUCUGGAGUUGGUUGGAAAAGAGGAGGAGCUUCUGACAGCACUUGCUCGAAUGUGCAAUGUAGAUACAGGGCCAACAUUUGCAGCUAUUUCCUGUCUUCCUGGGAAGCGUCAGGGUUCUCUUACGCUGUACCGAAUAGAUAAAUACCCUGAAGAAGCACUUGGUCCAGUUACUUUCAUUUGGAAACCCACAAAUAAAUCUGACGAUUCUUCUCAAAGCAGACAAUUGUGGAUAUGGACACAUCCAGCCUUUAAGAAGGAUAUACUGGAAGAGUUGAAAACAGUGUUCCAGUGUUCGGAGCCCAUGGUGACCUGUAAUCCUGAACCAGUUCCAACAUUACCUCUAGAAGAAACUAAAAUGUAUGUUGCUGAAAACAUUGGCCAGAAAAGGAAGAGGAAGAGCCAAGGAGGAGAAACAGUGGCUGUCCCAGUGAAAAAAAUAAUUGGUGACGGAACCAGAGAUUCACACCAGCCAUAUUGCUGGACAUCACAUACUACUGGGGUUGUAAUAAGUGACUUGACAAUGGAGAUCCUCAGAUACCGAUUAAUUGGUCCCCUCUCACACUGUGUACUCACAGAGGCACUUAAGGUUGCAUCAUUGCAUACAGAAAUGGAUUCUGGCAAUUCUGAAAUUACUAGCUGGUGGAUAGAAAAAUGCAGAAACUCUGAUCAGGCGUCGGUUCAUCUCCGUCAGGAAGCCACCUUUGAGCUGCUGCAAGGGUUAAGUCCAUCAGACAUUCCUUCAGGUUCUGUAUUGGGUUUGACUGUUGGUGAUCCUCGAGUGAAUUUGCCAAAAAAGAGAUCAAAGUCCAUGCCUCAUCCUGAAAAAUAUCAAGAGAAUCAGGAAAUGAAACAGCUGAUCUUAGGAGGUGUUCCUGCAGAAUGUGCUCAGAGUUUUCUCUGGGACCAGAAUAUUCGUAAAAGUGUCACAGACACCAAAAUGCCAGAACAGGAGUUGAAUCUCCGGAGAAGUGAACUCUUGGUACCUGGGUCACAUCUUGACUUGGGCCCUCAAGAAUCCAAGAUUCCUGUACUCUUGGUUCAGCACCCUGGGAAAAUAGCUGGGGAAGAUCGACCAGGAUGGGGAAGUGGAUGGGAUAUUUAUCUCCCCAAAGGCUGGGGCAUGGCUUUCUGGCUUCCUUUCAUAUACCAAGGUGCACGAAUAGGAGGCUUGCGAGAGGCUCUGAAACAUUCCCUGUAUAAGAGAACACCUCAUGUGCCACAUGAUUAUCCAGACUGUCCUGCUGGUGCUCAAUUUGCCAAAGAACUAGAGAGCAAUCUUCUUGAAAAAUUUAAGAGACGGCCUCCUGCAAAAAGGGCAAAUUAUGUUAAACAUGGGACUUUGGCCCCCUUUUCCUGUCCCUGGAGUAAGCUCACCCAAGAUUGGGAGGCUAGAAGCAAAAACACAAAAGGCAUAGAUGCUGCAACCAUAGACAAUAAGGCUUGUGCAUCUGGAGAACAGAUUUCUUGUGGCCUCAGCUCUGAAUCACAUGCCGAGGAGUCUCCUGUGAUGGAUGCAUUAGAUCAACAAAGAGAGAUGUCCUCCCAAAAUAUGGAGAUAGAAGAAAAAGAAGAAGAAAAGGCAACCAAUGUAGGGAAGAUAGAGGAAGGCACAUUAGGCCAUAGCUUCUGUGUUCUCAGGAGCAAGAAAUUAUUAAAGCAAGUGGCAAUCUGGUGUCAGCCUACAUCUCGCAAAAACCGUAGGAUACAACACCUUCUUUCUAACGCAGAUCAGAAGGAACUGAAUGAAGAUGCUCUCUUGUCAACCUAUCAGCGUUAUCCCCGGGCAGUAGUGUGGAUCAGUCUGUCCCUUCUCAAAAAAGGUAGCCCUGAAUUGCACACCAUGAUUUGCAUCCCCACCGAAGAAGACCUGUCACAGCUUGACAAAAGCCAGCACUUCUUUGGUCCUCAGGAGCCUAAACACAGUGACAGAUUUAAAGGGAAGGUGUCAAAACAGAAAGGAAUUAAAAAGAGAGUGAAUUCAAAGAAGGUAACGGAAAGCAGUGCUCCUGAUACUGUGAAUGAACAUCAAGAUCUUGUUCUCGGCUUAUGGCCUGAACCUCUGCCAGAUGUACCAUCACACUGUUCUAGAGUCCUUUUGGGUUUUGUCACUCAGGGGGACUUUUCGUUGGCCUCUGGUUGUGGGGAAGCUCUUGGGUUUGUUAGUUUGGCAGGAUUGCUGGAAAUGUUGAUGUUUCAACCAGCAAGCAAGAGAGGCCUUGUGUUGCUUCGCAAUCCAGGAUCACUGCAGUAUAGAUUUGCUAGGCUUACUGUUGAAGUCUGAGUUGACUUGCAGUUCAGUUGCGCCAAAGAAACCCUUCUCCAAAAGAGAGUACACAACUCUUAAUUCAGAUUGAAAGCUUCCCAAAAUAAGUGCCAACUUUGUUCAUGUGUAGUAUGGAAUAGGCUUUGAAACCCUUUAGCAUACCAUGAUAUCAAAGUAACCAUUCCCUUCUCUUGAAAACACACUUGUUUUCUGAUGUGUAUACAUUUUUUUAAACAAGCAAUCAGUGUUCAUUGUACAUUUAAACAAUUCCCUCCUUUAUAUUAUUGAGAUAUUUGCUUCAACUAAGGAAUUCCUCUCUGGUUUUUGCAGCUGAAUUGACUAUCAUGUAUAUUUGAAAUAAUUAUUGUUUAAGCAUGUUUACUGAGGCUGUAAGAUUUUCUUGUGUUGUAAUUCCAAAAUCAGGAUUUCUUCAGUCUCCUAGUAGAAAACUGCCCUUUUCAGAUAAUACCAGGAGUAUUUUGUCUAAAUCUGCCAUAAAAGCAGAUUAACCUAUAAAAUUAAAAAAAGUUUUGAACUGAUAAAUGCAUGAAGGAUUGAUCACCCAAGUUGGCUUCCCUGUAAAAAAUAAUGUAUAUGUUCUGCUCCUGAAGAAUUCUUCAUUGUUAUUCUGCACUGACAUCUGUGAUGGGACGCUGCUUCUGAACGGUAUUACUUUGAAAGCAAAGUAAGAGUCUGCAAUCAGUAUGUGCCUUGGGACAUGUAAAAGGCAAUAAACUCUGUGACAAUGUAAGAUUAA